GAAUAGCAGAGAGCGAGCGCGAGAGAGGCUUCCCAGCCUGGAGGAGAAGGAAGGGGAGUAGGAGGCCUUUCUGGACACCUCCCCUCCCAGUGCCCUCCCACUAUUAGGUUCCCCUUUCUCUUCUUCUUCCUCCUCCUCCUCCUCCCUGCACGUUGCCGCAGCGCCCGCGUGCAAGGGAAGCCGGCGCUUGCUGGGAAAACCUUCCAUUUCCAGAAAUUCAUGAGUUGCAACAAAUGGAUCUGGAGUUCAAAUACUAGAUGAGGCAAGCCCCCCCCCCCCCCGAUUUUACUGGCUUCAAUCCUGAUGGAUUUUGGCGCGCCAGCUGAAAAUACAUUUAUUCAGCAACUCACACCCAUUAACAGUGAAAGGAUGUCAGUUUGCAAAAGAUGUCAAUUGCAAAUGCACUAUCAGGCAAGAUAAGCAGUUUCAAAGUUGACUGCUGUUGUUCUUGCUGCUGCGCUGUUGUCUGCGCAGCAGUCCACGAGCUUCCUUGGCACACUCCUCAUGCAUGCCAGGCGUGAACCAGAAUCGCCUAUUCCUUGCCCAUCGUGGACUGGAUGGGCUGAAGGGUCCUCUCGCCCCGCUAGCAUGUACAAAUAAUUUUACAUACAAUAUUUUUACAAAUAAUUUUAUUUGUAUGCCUCCUUUCCAUUAGUUGAAGCAUGUUCAAGGCAGCUUACAACAUGAAAAAAACCCUCAUAAUGACAACAAAAGUUGUCAUAAAUAAAACAUACAAAAAAUACACAACCAAAUCAAACGAUUUCCACAUAAAUCAUAAUAAGAUCUAAAAUAAAUAAUAGCAAUAAUAGCAAUAGCCCUCCCAACAAAAGCCCCUUACCCCAGUCUGUUCAGCAGCCUCAGCUUUUCUAGCUGGAGUCAUUCGGGGCCCCUCCCUGCCAGGCCAGGUGGGAAAAGGUCUGCAAGGCAGGAAGCUGGUCUUCUAGGCCUCACAGCCAAGAUAGUCUUUGUCUAGCAUAGAAUUAACAUCCAGGAUUUGGUUUAAAAAACGAUAUUUUGCAAGGGUGAGGGACAAUUGGAUAGCUCUUGAGUGGACCUAAGGGCUCUAGUAAAAGAACAUCCCAGAAGCCCACCUGCCCUGACUCUUGGGUUCCCUACACUUUUAUGAUUCUGAUUACAGGUACUAUAGCUGGGGUGUGUGUGUGUUGUCCAUCUCACAACCUGGUGAGUGCCUCAAGUUGAGCUAAGCUAAGAACACUUCUGGCAACUGAUCGUCCCGAUUCCAUGUUUGGGUUCGUGUAGGGCACGCCCUAUGGAGCCAUGUAUAUAUAUUUAGCUCGAGAUCUCAUCCUUCAGGGUUGUACAUAUCGAGCGGGGCGGGUUGAACAUCAGCUGCUCUCUUUUGGAAUCUCUUUAAACGCCCUUUUGCAUUCUGGGCCUGUUGGUUGGGGGGUGGGGUCACUAUGCUAGUGCCUUCUUCUUCUUUUUUCUUUUGUAAAGAUUAUUUAAUUUCAUAUGCAACGCGGAGAACAGUUAUAGCCACAGAUCAAAAAUCUAAAACUAUGAAAUGGGCCCGUAGAAUCUGAGUACAGUUGCACAUGGGUCAAAAUAAUAAACUUCAAGUAACGACUUUCAGCGUUAUCAGAUUUAUCAAGUGUAGUUCCAGAUUUGCCAUGCUUGUGAUGAGGGUCAUCUUGAAAAUGGUAGUUCCACUCGACUAUGUUUAGAGUGCCAAAUCAUAUGAAAAAUAUCUGGAGGUUCUAGUUCUUAUCAAAAUCUAAAAUAACACGUGAUUUUCUCUAUUACAGCUAUAUUCCUGAGAGAGUGGCUCUAAGCUGCCAGUGUAGAUUUUGGACUGUUGCAAUUACUAUUCGAGCUGCCUAGAUAAUAUAUAAGACCAAUUCUUUUGACGAUGCAUCUACAUGGUAUUGUCAAAAAUAUUCAGUAGGACAACAAUCAAAAGUUUAUUUAGUAUUAUACAGUGGUACCUCGGUUUAAGUAUGCAAUUGGUUCCGGAAGUCUGUACUUAACCUGAAGCAUACUUAACCUGAAGCAAACUUUCCCAUUGAAAGUAAUGGCAAGUGGAUUAAUCCGUUCCAGACGGGUCUGCAGAGUACUUAAACUGAAAGUCCUCAAACCGAGGCGGACUUAAACCGAGGUAUGACUGUAUAUCAUUUCUGCCCAAAUUAAACCCCAAAGACCAGCUGACUUUUCCACCAUAAAUGAUAAUAUGUACUAAGUUUAUCACAACCCUUCCAAAAGUUAGGUGAUAUAGACGACGACUUUUUUUGGACAUUUGCAAGGCAUCGCGAUGCCAUCUGUGAAGUAAUUUCCCUAAGAAAACUGGAAACAAAUGUUAAGGCUCUCCAUUUCCCAAUCCUUUUCACACCUUUCCCCCUCUUCUCUGUCAAAGGGAACACCUUUUGGCCUGCUUUGGUUUCUCCUUGAGAAGAAAGGUGCCAAUGGCAAGCGACGUUGUGGAGAACGAGAUGGAGUUCUACUCCAAGGCCGAGAAAUACUGGAAGGACAUCCCACCAACAGUGGAUGGGAUGCUGGGGGGCUACGGGCACAUCUCCAGCAUUGACAUCAACAGCUCCAAAAAGUUCCUGCUCCGUUUUUUGCGGGAUGGGCCUAACAGGACAGGGACCUCCCGUGCCUUGGACUGUGGGGCUGGCAUUGGCCGGAUAACCAAGCGGCUCCUGCUGCCUCUUUUCCAAACGGUGGACAUGGUCGAUGUCACAAAGGACUUCCUUAACGAGGCCCGGAGCUACCUGGGUGAGGAGGGUCGGCGUGUCAGGAACUACUUCUGCUGUGGCCUGCAGGACUUCAGCCCCGAGCCCAGUGCCUACGACGUCAUCUGGAUCCAGUGGGUGAUAGGGCACCUGACAGACGACCACCUCUCCAGCUUCUUGAAGCGCUGCCGCCUGGGCCUGCAGCCCAACGGCAUCAUAGUCAUCAAGGACAAUAUGGCCCAGGAAGGGGUCAUAAUGGACGAUGUGGACAGCAGUGUCUGCCGGGACCUGAACCUAGUCUGCAAGAUCACCCGCUGUGCUGGUCUCAGCAUGCUGGCCCAGGAGAAGCAAGAGAAUUUUCCUGACGAAAUCUAUCACGUUUACACUCUAGCAAUGAGAUGAACCCCCUCCAUCACUGAGCCCCAUAGAGAGGGAGACUGCCUUCCUGCAGGGGCCUUGAGACACCUUUCCCACGCGAGGGUGGCUGCCUCCCCGGCGACGGAGGGCUCCAAAUGAACACCCCAGAAGAGAUAGUCCAGCAAUUGGGGUCUGGCUGCGACUCUCGUCGUCGAGACUGGCUUAGGAAUGCUGUGGGGAAGUAAAUGUUCUUUUCUUCGAAGUUGGUGCUGCUAAUGUUUUUGGUUCUUUAUUGUUUGAUGGGUGGAGGGGGAAAAACACUGUCGAAAUAUACUUUGUAUGGUUGUAACAGCAA